AUGGCGAGCAGCUCCUCAGCAGGCGGGCAGCAGACACCCCCUCAGGAGACGCUUGAGUUGUGUCUGCCCGACUUGAUGGGCGCCCUGGCGUGCACUGAGGACUCAGUGUCUGUCGCACCCAGGCGCCUUGGGAGCAGGGUGCAGUUCGACGCGAGCCAUGCCAUUUUGAGUUCUAUGGGCCCAGCCCCCUUGGAAGCCGUCCGUGGCAUGGACGGGGAUGACAGGUUCGUCAAGCAAGAGAACCGCGGCGAGAACCGAUGGGAGGUCACCAGCGCGGGCCAGGAGGAGAUGAAAGACGGCAGCGGCACCGAGCACGCGAAGACGAAGGACGCAACCGAGGAGUCGGUCACCGCGAUGCUGGAGCUUGGUGGGCUCAGCCUGGCGUUCUACAGCACGGCCGUGGCCAUGCUGCAGAGCACGAGCGUCAAGCCGCCACCUGUGCCAGAGGCGGCGCAGGAUAUGGCUCGACCAGUGGGCACCGAGGAUGGUGAUCCAGAACAGGACGACGUGGCAGAUGCCGACGGAGACGGUGAUGGCCAAGGCGAUCGACCGCUUGCAGUGGACGGCGGCAACGUCGACGACGGCGAGAACAUCUUGGCGUUCCAGCAGACCAAGGGCAUCAACGACCUGUCUGUCAGCGGCAACCUCCCGUCAGGGACUGUCUACGGGGCUGUCAACAAGAUCAGGGGAACCAUCAACGCGUACGUCAACAAGCUCGCUGAGUCGAGCUGGUACGACAAAUUUGUCUUGGGAACUAUGCACGCUCUGCACAGGCGCCUCAUGAAGCACAAGCACAACGUUGUUGGGAAGGCUCAGUUCGACGUACAAUGUGCCUUUCACCAGCUGGACAAUCGACUUGAUAAAGGUCUCAUUGCUUUGUACAAGGGGAUCAAGGGCUGGCUGGAGAGUCAGGACGAUGCCAUGUUGAUAGAUACGCUGGAGCCGUUUACGAUUGUGUUGCCCUAUUUGAUGAAGGAACGCGUGUGUUUGUCAGAGGAGCUCCGCAUCGUCAUGAUAUACGCCAUCUUCCAGGGACUUGCGGCUCAGUUAAAGUCUGUACCUCAGGCCAUGGAGAUAUUCGACGUUACGAUUUUCGAAGUCUUCUGCAAGAUCAGGUCUUAUACCCCUAUCGUGGAGGCCGCCCCAGCAGUUAAGGUCGAGGCCGAUAUCGAGGUGGACUCUUGCUGCGUCACAGCCACAGCUACUGAGGCGCAGAGUGGCAGUGGCAAUGCGGGCGGGCAGCUGGAAGCAAGGCCCAAGAGGAGGGCUCGACGACAAUUGGAAGACAUCCAUUCUCGAGUGCCCACUGGCCAGACACCUGUCUUCUACAUGUCGUGCAUGAUUUCGGAAUCCAUUCGAGCAUGGCUUUCCAGCGUGCCAGCAGAGUCCGCGGAGCGCGCCACCGACGCUUACAAGGUCAUGCAGGAUCUCGAGUUGGUCGGCAAGAGCUGGGAUUCGAAGGAGAGCCAGGCGGGGGUUGGUCGUAGACCUUUGGCCUCAAAGGCGUUGAGGAGCGUCGUCACCAUCGCGAAGUGCAUGAGCCAUUAUGAGAGCUCCAGGCCGCCCACUGCCGAAGUCAGGCAGGCAAGGAGGACAAUCCACGACUUGAUCAGACAGGCCAGCUCUCCAGCAUCGGAGCUCGCGCGCACCAUGCAGGCAUGCCCCGUGGGCAAGGCCUUCAUGGAGGCCAGCCGCAAGCACGUUGCGCAGUCGAUCGAGGACGAUACAGCUACGACAUCAUUUGAUCUCGCAUCGAAGUCUUUCCAGAAGGAUUUCGAGCAGGCUUUUGAUGGUGCUGAGGGUUGGGUUGCGGAGAUGCGAAACAUGUCACGCCAUACUGGCUACACUGAAAUCACGACUGUGAUGACCAAGAUGCGCCUCUUCUUCACCACCGCCCACGGCUCGAUCAAGGCUUGGUCCACGGCAUCUUGCCGCGCGAACUUGAAGUUCUGUGCCGAGAACCUCAACAACUGCUUGGUCUUGCUCCAAAUCGGUAAGUACAUGCUCGUUGAUAUUUUCGAUCAGCUCAUCGUCGAUCAGAUUCCUAUUCUCGGUGACGCGUUGAUUCAUCAAUACAGCGAUCCUGCAAACGAUGCGGCUCAGGGAGAGGCUGGCGAGGACGAGCAGUCUGAGAAGCAGGAGCAGGAGCCUAAGACCUUCGAGGAGUACAAGGCCAAGCUGAAGGACAUGAUCGAUAACUUCGAAAAGCGAACGCACCUCUUCGAGAGCACCGUUGACCAGUUCAGGGGGUGCCUAUCUGACUUGGACCGUAAGUGGAGGUGCAGCGCUAACCUCCUGCACCAGCUCGUGGGCGAUCCCGUUUUCGAUUACAUUGCAGAGGAGGACUUUAACCCACUCAAAUUCGAGAGCAACCUCAUUUCCAUCUCUAGCGUGUUGAAGAACAUGGCGUCUUUCAUGAAUGCGUCCUGCAAGCUGGUGAAGAUGCGAAAGGUCGACACGCCGAGCAAGGAGGUACACGACAACCUUGCGAAUGAGAUCGUUCAGUUCGCAGGCAUGGUGAGCUUCACCCAGAAGGAGGGCUUCGUCUUCGAUGCCUCGAGCGCCGUGACCCGCCAGGAGGUCAUCGACAAGACCGUGACCGCCUUUCAGUGUACCGACCAGUUCAUCAACGGUAAGCCCGCCGAGAUCGCUCCGAUCCCGAUCUUCACCAUCCAUGCGAUCAGCGAGGCCGUCAUCAAAGAAGUUCCUGCCGAGGAGGCUUUCGCCAGGGUGGUCACCGUUCAUGGGGACCUCAAGGAUGUCUUCUUGGAGAAUAUCUGCUGGUUAGACGGGUCGAUCGAAGAUGACAAGGUGAUCGAGCAGUCCUCUUACAACCUGGCGUUGGGGGACCUGGUGUCUUUCAUUGAGGCUGAGGAUGGUCGCUCCAUCCUGGUCCCAGGGACUGCCAUGAAUGGCGAGCCGAUGCGCAUGGAGGGGGCCCACGCGAUGGCGUACCUGGACAUGGUGACGCAGGUCAAGGACCUCGUGGGGUGCGCGGCGCAGCAGCAUGAGAACAUGUACCAGUUGCAGCAGCCCUUGGACGAGAACAUAUUGUUCGGAAAGUGUGUACACACGCAGCGGAUGAUGGCGCGGAUGCUGGUUCGCAUCGACGGGCUCUUGAAUUCGAGCAAGGUGCACAGCUUCGAGAUGAUGGCGGACUGCCUCAAGAGGAACCGUGCGACCUGCAAGGGCGUGCUUCCCGAGAUGGGCGCAGCGUUCGACGCUGCGGGGGCCUACAACGAGAAGAUCGGCAACGUGCUCUUCAGCAGCAGCAGCAUGACGAAGGUUGUCAACGCGUACAACGCGCUGCACAAAAUCGUCUCCUGCGUGGCGCGGGCUGGGAAGGUCCUGGAGGUCAAGCCGUGCGUGCAGGAGAACGACGUGACGGCGGAGGCCGUCGCGACAGCGCUCGCCCAGAUG